AACUUCCCUCCACCCCAUGAUCUUUGGUAUUGGUAUGCGCCAGCUGGUUUCCGGUCUCGGGUCUGUCUGCUGGAGCUGCAGCGCAGCCAUGUUGUCUCGUUCCCGGUGCCUGGCACGGAGUCUGAGCCGCUUCACCGCUAGCCGCAACCCGGGGGGCUUGCAGGGUAAUGGCUCACAAGCGUGCAGAGGUCCGUCUGGGCUUUUGGUGUGCUAUCGGUCUAGCUAUGAUAAAAGCAGACGGCUUCCACAAAAUGUCUCUAAAUUCAGUAUCUUCCACCUUCGACACUUUAAGACAUCAGCAGUCUUUAAUAAUGAAGUGCUAACAGUAAAUACGCCGCCCUUUGCGGAGUCUGUCACAGAGGGUGACGUCAGGUGGGAAAAAGCUGUUGGUGAUGCAGUAAGUGAAGAUGAGGUGGUAUGUGAAAUUGAAACCGAUAAGACAUCAGUGCAGGUUCCUGCUCCAUAUGCUGGUAUCAUCGAGGAGCUCCUGGUACCUGAUGGAGGUAAAGUGGAAGGAGGAACCCCUCUCUUCAAACUUAGGAAGGCAGAAGUUGGUGCUGCAAAACCUAAACCAGAAGCCCCUCCCAUCCCCAAACCAGAUACUACACCUCCACCACCUCCACCUCCAGCUGCAGCAGGUGCGAUUCCUACCACAAUGCCACCGGUGCCACCAGUAAAUAUGCAGGCCAUUGAUAGUAAACCAGUGUCAGCAGUGAAGCCUUCUGUUGGACACCUCACCCCAGCUGCAGAUGUGGGGAUGAAAGGUCUCAGAUCUGAGCAUAGGGUUAAAAUGAACAGAAUGCGACUUCGAAUUGCACAGCGGCUAAAGGAGGCCCAGAAUACUUGUGCCAUGCUGACUACCUUCAAUGAAAUUGACAUGAGUAAUAUCCAGGAAAUGAGAAAUCUACACAAAGAAACUUUCCUCAAGAAACACAACAUAAAGUUAGGUUUCAUGUCUGCAUUUGUCAAAGCAUCUAGUUUUGCACUGCAGAACCAGCCAGUGGUAAAUGCUGUUAUUGAUGAUACAACGAAAGAAGUGGUCUACCGUGAUUAUGUCGACAUCAGCGUUGCUGUAGCAACACCAAAGGGCCUGGUAGUCCCCGUGAUCCGAAAUGUUGAAACAAUGAACUAUGCUGACAUUGAGAAAGCAAUCAAUGACCUGGGAGAGAAGGCCCGUAAAAACGAGCUGGCCAUAGAAGACAUGGAUGGAGGUACUUUCACAAUCAGCAAUGGAGGAGUGUUUGGUUCAAUGUUUGGGACACCAAUCAUCAACCCGCCCCAGUCUGCCAUUCUUGGCAUGCAUGGUAUUUUUGAGAGACCAGUUGCAAUCAAGGGCCAGGUUGUGAUUCGUCCAAUGAUGUAUGUGGCCCUUACCUAUGAUCACCGUUUGAUUGAUGGCAGAGAAGCAGUGCUUUUCCUUCGAAAAAUUAAAGCUGCAGUUGAAGACCCUCGUGUGCUGCUCCUUGACAUUUAGACUCUAACAGUUAUUUAAAGGAAAACAUACUCAAUAUGCCACAUACAUUUUCACAUAUUAAAUGUUUGUUAAACCUUUUUUGAUGUUUAAAAUUAUAAAUGAAUGUUAUAUGGACAGAUUGCAAUUCUGUUGCAAUGAUUUAUAAUAGAAGGAUAUUGCAUGUCAGGGUCCUCAUCUAUUUUUUGGAGUAACUUGAUAUACUAGCAUGGCUAACUUCUCACUGGUCUUUUUGUUGGGGGAAGCAACUUUGAGACCCCUCCCUCUUGGUAUUAAACAAACACAACUGGUAAUUACACUGCAAGAAAUUAUGGUGGACUGGUGCAAGGGCUGGAAGUGUCCUAUUGAUAUAUUGUGUUUACUGAUCUUGAGAUUGUUGCGAAGGUGAGUCGUGAAUCCUCUGACAGAUGCUGUUCUUGAUGAGAGAAUGUUUCACAGUUGUGGAGCAGUGCUAAAAUAUUUUUCUUACCACCACUGAAGCAAUUUUUAAAUGUACUGUCUAAAAGGAGAAUAUAUCAGCAAUAUUGCUCCCCAUUCAGUUAAGUGCAGAGAGAGGUUAAACUCAUUUUCCUUGUUCUGGAACGCCGAGCUGCAAAAAUGUUACCAUUUCUGCAGCAAAAUUAUCUAAAUUCAUAAUCUGAGAAUCCUUAAUUUAUUUUAUAUUCCUGUGACUCACCAUGAGAGCUGAUGCUGACAGGAUUAACGUGUUCCUGGAAUUUAUUUCCGCAGUUUAAAAUGCAUGUUCUUUCGUAAUCAAGGAGCCUCAGAACAUAUUUUGGAUAACAAAGGUAGACAAUUGGAUUCUACAUCUCAAACUAUUGUGAAACUUUUGUAUCCUAAAACCAAUUUGGAGAGUUUUGUCCAAUAAGGCAAUCUGAAUUAAAUAAGUAUUCCAGAAUAUGUGUAGAAGUGCACAGUUGCACUUGAUAUCAUAAAGUCACGAGAUGCCUGUAGACUUGGGUAUAAAUUUACGAUAUCAAAAUGUUGUAUUUCCACUUGCACUAUACCUAUUUAAAUUUUUCUUAUUGGUUCAUCUUUGUGUAAGAUUCAUUACUAUUUCAUUCUUUUCACCCUCCAUCACUCCUUUUUCUGAAAUGCUUAGUUUAAAUUGGGGACUUUAAAGCACUUGUGCAUCAGAAACGUGAGAUCCUCUUUGUCGCUGUGCUGUGCUGCAUAAUAUUAGUCUCCAAGCAUUGCAGCAUGGGACCACAUCACUACAUUGAGAACAAAGCAUUAUGUUUCAAACCAAACCAGACAACUUCUGGCUUGAAAUUACUUCCUGCCCUCAGAAUUGAGCUAGCUUUACAGAUGGAUAAAUACGCACAAUUUUUUUGAUCCCAUACAUUGCUGAGGUCUGCAGAUAGUAUUAGAAUUAGUAAGAAUGGCAAACUUAAAUUAGCACAUCAGGGUAUUAUUUAAAUUAGCAGAACUUUGUACCUUUUACAGUGUUUUUGUCAUGUAAGAAAAUAUUCCUGUACCCUUGAGUGAGUUGAGUCCUUUAGAAGUAAUCAUUAGCUGUGAAGUAUUGCCUGACAUGCAAUACCCUCCUUUAUGUAGAUGGAUUAUAAUUGUACAAAUUGAUAAAUGGUUGAUAGCUGGCUCUCUUAUGAAAGUAAGGACAGCAAUCUACUAUUCUUCUGGAGAACAUGGCAGUCAGGGAUUUGCCAGUGUUGCACUGUGGUCAUAAGUAUACAAUACAUGUAAAGUUUGAAAAUGAAAGGCUGAUUGAGUGGAGUUGAGUUGUAUUGUUUGGUGGGGGCGCUGGUGGAAGCAAAAUGUAAAGUGCUGGGAAUGAGGAAAGAGAGAGAAAGCAUUAAGUUUUAAUUUACAAGAUACAUGUGUCCUCUUUGUUACUGGGUGUUAACUAAAACAAAAUGACCCAGUUGUCUUCCUUGCUGAGGACAAAUACAUAUAAUUGCUAAUACUGUUCCCAGUUUCCCUCAAACUUGCACAUAGUUGCCUAGCAGUGAUACUAAGUAUCAAUAUUACUUUCCUCAAAUUGUGCAACUUCUAAAUAUCUGAUGCUUGGUCAUGGCCAUGUUUUUACUUGUGGCACAAUCUAAUCUGUUGCGGUUCUGGCCAUGGGAGAUGAUUAGAUGUAUGUAUGCUUUUUAUUUAAAUUAUCUGCACCGCAGUGCGGUCAGUGGGAGGAAAGAAGCCAACCCGAGAGUGAUAAAUAGAUCCAUUAACCAAAAAAGAGAACAAAGUCUUAGAGGGUUAUUGAGAACUUGCUUCCAUACAACCUCUAACUCUUGUCUGCCUGCUGGAUGACUUGAGAUAGCUUAUACUUGAUUGUACCAUUUGAUCCACUCCUAGUUGGUGCUUUGUCUGAUGUGACUUUCAUGACACUCGGGAUGUUUAGUAUUGCCAUGUACCAUUCAGUUAUUGAAAUUCCAAAGAGAUUUACAUUUAUAACCGGGAAUGAGGCAGUAAAGUUGGAAUGAUGCCAAGGAGAAAUUGUUAUGUAAUAGUUAAUUGAAUACAAAAAUAAAUGUAUCUAACUGUUCAGGUCCUCUCGUAACUGCUUCAGGGGCGUGGGAACAGCAAACUCUUCUGAAUGGAAGAUGGAUGAUCCUUUUGUCAUUUCUGUUUUUUUUUAAACCCUUUUUUCGUUUUAUUAUGUAGAAGCUGCAGUCAUGACGACCACAGUGACAUACAGGCCAGUUUAAAAAGUGCCAAAUUAUCAGCCUGUGCAAGACGACGAUGAGAUUUGUUGCAGAAGCAGCAGCAGUGCUGAACAGUCCCAGGUUAUUGUCACUGAUAUUCAUUCUGCCACCUUAAUUUUUCACCAUGGCCAUCUGGACAUAUAUUCCAUCAAGUAUAUUCACUUACCUCAAAUGUUGAUUUGAAAAGACCUUUCCACUGGGAGAAACGAAUGACGGACUCUUUUCCCAGCAUCCUGCACUUUAAUAAUUUUGAAACUGCUUGACUUUUACUCCAUUAAACCAUUCCUGCACUUGGCACUAUUCCAAGUACUGUACAGUAAUAUCUAAUGAAAUGCUAAGAAAUUUUCUUUUAAUCAGAGAAUUGUGGUAGCUAAAUUUUAAUCAGUCUAAUCAAUGGAGUAACUUGUGACAAUCAGUUUGGUGUAUCUCAUUCCCAUUUGCAAUGCCCCAGUAAAACCCUGUACUCCUGUAA